GUACCUGACUACGGCUGAGCCCGGGGAGCUCUUACUAUAUAAAAGGCAGAAGGGUAACAGUUGGGACCCAGCACAAGUGGGGAAUGCUUCAUUUCCACUUGUGCCAUUUCCUCUGCUGCACCUUUGCCUCUCCUGCAAAGACAGUGCUGGGGGGCAGGAGGGGAAGAGAAUCAGCUUUUAAUCCAGUUCCCCACCAGCACCAGCUCCUGACCCCCCUUGCUGCCUCUUACACAAACGGGACUGAUACAUCGGGUAGUUGACUAGUUGCUUACAUCUCUAAUUCAUGCCUACCUUUUAUUUCCUGUUCUUAACCAGUUACAGAGCCAAUUAAAAGGACUUUCUUGUAUCCCAUGAGUUCUUAAGUUUCCUUAAGAGCCUUUGGAAACUUGACCUUGUCAAAGGCUUUCUGAAAAUACAUCCUGGAUCAGAAUAGCAGCCAGUGUAGUGUCCAGUUUCUGGCAGGGGCCAGAAACCUCCAGAAGGCACCUCUGGAAUAAUUUAUCCCCUUCACAAAGCUUACCCUGAUAUCUAAGUGUUAAGCAUUAGUUUAAGGGUUGAAUCAUGGGAUUUAGUAUCACUUUCACAUUUUUAAUCACUAAUUAUAACUGUUCUUUGUCUUCAUAAAUAUCCAAUCCCUUUAUUGAAUUCCUGACCAUAAUGACUUCCAGUGGCAAUGCAUUCCACAUCAAACAAUGUGAAAAAGUAUUUCCUUGUUUUGAAUAUCCCUUUAAAUUUAACAAUGUUCUCUACUUGUGCAAGUUUAUCCACAUGCCAUUUAUCUUUUUUUAUGAAAAUUCAUCCCAGUUUUUUCAAUUUCCCUUCAUGCGAGAGGUUUUGCCAGGCCUUUAGGCACUAGUUCCUCCUCUCUAAAUCUCCCUCCAAUUUUGUAAAAAAGUAAAGCCCCCCAGCAAAAUAAAGCAAAGCAAUAUCUGAUAAGGUAGAACACAAGCAAAGAACUUCAGGGAAAAUUUUUUAAAAACAAAAAGCAUACAUCCUUCCAUUUCAUUUUCUAUUCUACGUCACAAACAGCUUCUCUAUGUUUUAGCUAAACUCCACUGAACAAUAUCAGUCCAACUAUUGAUAAAAUUAUUCUUAGAAGAAUAAAAUUUGUAACAUUUUAUUCUUACAGUAAAUGAAAAACUCUCUUUGGAUCAAAGUAGAGUUGCUACCAUACUCCUCAGAAAAAUCUAGUGCAGCAACACAUCUAUGCACGGUUUUCACUUUUUGUUGUCACAAUGACUUGAGCAAAGGAAGUUUCCAAGGAAUUCCAAAUACAUAUUGGAUUGUAUCUGAAGAGGUGUUUUAGCAUAAAACAAAUACUUCAGGAACUAUAUAAGUGCUUAACAGCAGCAGCCAUAUGAUCAAACAAGACAGCCUGUGUUUUCCUACACAGUUUCUCUCUCUGUCACCUCUCCUUCUGUUUUAUAUUUUUCUACUUGUGGAGAGAAAUAGGGUAAGUUUCAUACAAAUCUAUUUCUUACUAUUAUAAAGUAAUAAACUCACCACUCAAAGCUGGAUCUCUGAAAGGUGACCAACUACCGCAAUACACAUCUUUCAUAAAGAUGACAAAUUUAUUUCAAAUCAAUGUAUGAAAAAUUGGGGAUUUGAUCUGGGCUCAAGGACAUAAAAUAAGUGACACUAAAAACCAUAUAAAGUUUUUCUAUCUUUAUUAAGUUUUCAGGUUUGAUAUAAUCUGUGCCAAAGACACUCAUGUUUCUCAGGAGCACUAAGAUGGGAAUUCUCCUACUCUGCAUUCUCUGGACAGAGACUGCCAUGACUGGAUCUAGUUUUUUAAGUCCUGAAUAUCAAAACACACAGCAACGAAAGGAACCAAAAAAACAUACAAAGUUAAAUCGCCGGGCUACACAAGGAUUUUUGGAUGCAGAUGCAAGGCAGGCAGAAGGAGACAAUGAAAUAGAAAUUAAGCUUAAUGUUCCCUUUGAAAUUGGUGUCAAGAUAACAGAAGAUCAGUACCAGGAGUACGGGCAAGUGCUGGAGAAAAUUCUAGAGGAUGUUCUUGCAGAGGACACAAAAGAAAUCCAAACAUUGACAAGAGCUGAAACAUGAAGACAGUACAAACUCAUUCCAGUUCAAUGCAGUUCCACUUACUGGCUUGGAUUUCUUUAAAUGUGACUUGUGUAAUUGAUGACAAUAGCAUGCUUUAAAAGUCAAUGCAUAAAGCUGAAAAGUUUGCAGUUUUAAAAUUAUAUUUUAUUGUGUAAUAGUUCUUUUCAUGAGAAAACAAGUAUUAUACAUAUGAUAGACAGCAGCAAGGGUCAAACACUGACCUCUAAAUUGUUUUCUUACCUUUCAAAACUAUGUGACUCUGAAGAUACCUGUUCUAAAAAGUGAAAGAAGAACCCUCUGUUAAACUACUAUAUGCUUCAUGCAGCAAAAAAAUAAAGCUAGUAUUGAAACCGCAGUCAUUUGUUAACUGAGUCUAUAUACAUGUGGUAUUAGAUGCAAAUUUCAGUCUUCACUAUGCACAUAUGUAUAUUAGGGAUUUUAAAAUGUGGGUUUUUUUGGAAAUGUCUAACUGUGGAAAUUUAACACGUGGGGAGGGGGAGGAGAGCAGCAGGAGUUAGUAUAUGCAGGGAGCCAGCUUAAAAGCCACCUCGUUGUAUGUACUGGCUGGUAAUACAGGCAGCAGCACAAGGGGGCAGGCAGCUCUCCAGAAGCUGGUGCUCAUGGGGAGCCAGCCUAAAAGCCAGCUUCCUGUGAGUGCUGGCUCCUGCCUGCUCCUCUCCCCACAAUGCUGCCUCUGAUACAGAGGCAGCAACGCGGGGGGGGGGAAGGGGAAGAGAGAACCUUGUAUUUAAUGGUGAAGAUUAGACCAUUUAAACAAACAAUAUCACAUCCCUAAUGUAUAUCAUAAAGGAAUGUGUAUAUGAAGUUAUCUUUGAUUAGCUGAGUUAAUCAACAAGGCAUACAUCCAUUACAUAAUACUCAGUCCUGAGUAAAAGGAGACUGAAAGAUGACCUCUCAAGAUCCAUUCCAGUCCUAUGAUUGCAAAGAGCCCUAUCAUGUACCUACUAAAGUAAAUGAGAGUUGUACAGUUAGUCGCAAUAGACAAAAUAGUGUCUCGUUAGUGGUCCUAAAGAAAAAAGGAAGCAGCAAAUUAUAGUCUUUACAACAUGAAAGUUUUUCAAUGGUUGCUUUGUCAAAAAGACCGAGUAGUAAAUUUACAAGUAGCGGUUAUCCACGAGGGGGGCUGUAGUAUAGCCAAACUUAUUGAAAUAAAUACUUGUAGUGGAAAUACUGGAUAACUUCACAUUCAAAUAUUUCAAGCUGUUAUUUAAGAUGGGCUAUGUGCACUUGAAAUAUUGGGAGUAAUACUUUUAGAAAAUUAUAUAUUAAAAAUCCUUCUCCGGAACACGAGCCCACACCACUUCCUUGGUACUACCAACAGAUAUGGACAAUGUGUAAAUUGGAAAGGUGUAACUGAACACUUGGUUUCACAUUGUAAUUUAUUAGUUUGGGGGGAUGCCUGAUUGAUAAAUGAAAGAGUCCCAAUCCAAUAAUCUAGGUUUUACAGAUAACUAAAGUCAAUAUACAAAAUCUUAGUUUAACUCUGUAUAAACCAAACAAUUUUAACAGUAUCUCUUUUUCAGAGAUCUUUAUUUACAAAUAAGCUUUAAAGAAGUGUCAACUGUAUGUUUCAAGGUAUAUUAAAAGUAUCCUAUAACAAAAAUUAAGUCAUUGUCAUUUGUAAUAUUGACCACUGAAAGGACAAU